CGUAAACGUCACCGGUCGAGGUGCCUCGCCGGCUCGAACGCGGCCGCGUCGAAACGCCAAGGAGCCACACACACGCACGUCGUCAGCACGGAUCCAAGAAUUUGAUGUCUAUAGAUCGGUAGAAGCUUGGAAGAUAGAUAGUAGACAUUGUAUCCAGAAUACUCAACUAUGGAAGUUACAACAGAGGAGGCACAAGCUGUGCUUCUAGAAGGAAUAGAGAAUGCACAGUACAUCACUAUUCAGAGAGCUGAUGGGGAAUCUCUGGGCAAGGGAGUACCAUUGCUGACUUUGAAUGGUGAAUUGAUCCCAGAUGGCAUGGUCGUGGACAUGAUGUCCAGUGUCGGCACGGAUUAUGGCACGGGUACACAAUAUUACGAGGCGGAUGACUUGUUGCCACACGAAUUAACAGAGAAUGUAAAUUGUGUGAUACAGGAUGACCGUAGACUCGCCGCGGCCCUGGUCGCGGUGCAGCUGCAGCAUCAACAGCAGCAGAAGCAGCAACUCCACAUUCAGUCUCAACAUGAGGACCCGACUCUGCCAGAUGUUUCUCAUCUUGAGACCUUAGCACCAGUGAAUUCGUAUUCCAUACAAGCAGUACCAGAACCGAAUGCCGCUCCAUCUGUGUAUCCAUCUCUACAACCCUUCAAGAGAAUUCCGCAGAAUGUGAAGCAGGAGUUUAUCAAUGUUAAAAGUGAAUAUGAUGUUGAGGUUUCCACGGAGAGUAGCGAGGAUGCCACAUCAGCAUCUGGACCCAAGAGAACUCUUCCACACAAGAAAAGGAUACCACGCAAACUAAAGCAACAACAGACAAAAAGGAAUACAACGCGGAAAGAUAGCAGCAAAUUGAAUCAGGAGAAUGCAGCAGCUGAAUCGACUAGCGAAAUUCAGGCUAAUAUUUUCAAGUGCGAGUUGUGUAGUUCUCAAUUUUACAGUCAGUUGAAAUUUUUUGAGCACCUAAAGAAACAUUAUGAACCGGUGAAACAAGAGACGCGAACAGCUCAAGCAACAAAUACUAACAUUUCGAUAUCAGCGCCAGAAACAGUACAGGCUCUAGAAAAUACCGUAAUCGAAGAAUUUAGUGAACCUGAGGACUUAAUGGAGGGUAUUCGAGGCGUAGUGGAAGAAACUGGUGCGCAUAUCGACGAUGAUACAGACUCUCCUCUACCCAACACAAACACCGGCUCGAAUUUGUGGAUCGACGUCACAGAACAGGUACAACAAAGGGACCAACAAAUAAGACCACCAGUUGUUAAUGAAAAUAAAAGCCCUGACGAGAAAGCAAAGACUGACAUUCCACAGACAGCCAAGAAAAAGAAAACGUCGAAAACACGAAAGUCAACUGACGAAUUAACAUGUCCUCUGUGCAAUCGUUCAUUCCACCACAAAAAUAGCUUAGUUUAUCAUAUGCGAUCUCACAGUGGAGAGCGGCCGCAUCAGUGCGAUAUCUGCAGUAAACGGUUCUUCGCUGCCAGCGCAUUGAAGGUACACAAAAGACUUCACAGCGGUGAUAAGCCAUACAAAUGCGAACAAUGUGGACGACAUUUUCGGCAAUGGGGCGACUUAAAAUACCAUUCGACGAGUAUUCAUUCAGAGCACAAGCAGUAUCAGUGUGAAUAUUGCGCCAAGGAGUUUGCUCGGAAAUACUCAUUGAUAGUUCAUAGGCGUAUUCAUACUGGUGAAAAGAACUAUCGCUGUGAGUACUGCAACAAAACGUUUCGCGCAAGCAGCUAUUUGCAGAAUCAUCGUCGUAUACAUACCGGCGAGAAGCCGCAUGCGUGCUCAGUGUGCGGCAAACCGUUCCGAGUGCGAAGUGAUAUGAAGAGACAUAUGCAUACGCACUCCCGAGCGAAGACGAAUGACAAACAGUCACUGAACAGAAUCUUGACGGGAAAGAACGCGGAGGAAGUGAUGGAAGGCGACGACAAAAGAGCGCAAGCAAAAACGAUUCAGGAUCUCGUGAGGGAUUUGAAAUUGGAAGCCGAAGCAACGGGAGUCGUAGAGAUUGUUCCGCCGGAUGAUAAUCCGGAAAGCAUUUUGCCACACGCAGGUGCACAAAAUCUAGAAUAUACCGUAACGUCUGCGGCAGACACAGUAAAUGCGGAUCGUGAUCCUCUAGAAGCCGUAGUGCGAACGACUGAUAAUAUGCAACCGUAUUUUUUUAUGUAAUCUUGGAAGUCUCAAGAAAAGGAAGUCGAAAAGAAAAUAUAUUUCGCUGUACAACAAGAUUGAUCAUUGGAAUACCAACACUCAGAUGGUUUGUAAUACAAAGAAACAAAA